AUGACAGGAACCUCAACGAGCACCAUCGUCCCAAGACAGCUGGCCAUUGGAGUCGUCGGUCUUGGCCGGAUAGGUCGACAGCAUGCUUUGAAUGCAUUGCAUCAUGUUCCACGCACCAAGCUUCUCUGCGCCUGUUCGCCAAUGGACCAAGACAUCGAAUGGGCCGAGGAACAUCUUAUCCCUUAUGGAGUCAAGAUUUAUCGAUCUUUUGAGGAGAUGCUACACCACCCUGGACUCGAAGCGCUACUCAUAGCUAGCACCACGAAAGUACAUUACGAGCAAGUUGUCGCAGGUGUCGAGAAGGGCCUUCAUGUUCUUUGCGAGAAGCCUUUAGCCAUGAAUUCUGAGCAAAGCCGGAAGAUCUUGGAAUUGACGAAAGACGCGAAGUAUUCUCAGCUGAAGGUCAUGACAGCCUUCUGUCGUCGUUUUGAUGCUUCGUAUCAAAGGGUUAAAGCUACGAUCGAGUCUGGUGGCAUUGGAGCACCUGUGUUGAUACGCUGCGAGAACCGGGACAAGUACGACCGUAGCGAGUUUUAUAUGCGGUACAUCAUGGCAAAUCCCGGAAUCUUCAUCGACACUGCCGUUCACGACAUCGAUCUCACCUUAUCGUUCCUCGGAUCUGGGGCCAGGCCAAAGAGUGCACACGCAAUAGGUACUAUCGCUUUGCACAAAGAGCUAGAGCAGAUUCAAGAUGUCGACAAUGCUGUUGGCACAGUAGAGUGGUAUCCCUCAGACAAUGCUGUCGUUAAUCCAAUUUCUAGCUACACAAUUAGUCGGAUUAUGCGUCAUGGCUUUGACAAUCCAACUGAGAUUAUCGGCACUGAAGGUGUCCUCAAGGUCAAUCUUCACCCACGACGUGACCUUGUCGAAAUAGCUGAUCGGAAAGGAAUCGGGAACGACGUAAUGCCUGAUUUCUACGAGAGAUAUGAGAAGGCUUUCGUGACCGAAUUGGCUGUUUUCGCAGACUGCGUUCUAGAUGGGAAGCAGCUGCCAUAUGAGCUUGAUACAGCAGUCCUGGGCAUGGAAAUCGCUGAGGCAUUACAAGAGAGCUUGCGAACGGGGAGAAAGAUCGAGUGGGAUGAAAGUGGGCAUCGGAAGUGA